UGCGGCGCGCCUCGCUUCGACAGCCGCUCCAUAGCCGGCGGCUCAUUCUCGGUAAGCAAGGUUUCCUCAGAUGAGAAACGUUUUUUCCAUUUCUGUUAAGGAUAAUAAAGAAAGAAAAACGUGUUUCCAUUCCGUUGACUUGCCGCUUCUGGGAGUCGCGCAGUCUUUUCGACAUUCGUCCUACCCGAGCCUUGAUCUUUUGAUCUUCUGCUGACAACGAGAGAGGAAGAAGUUGAUGUUGCGGUGGUCAGAAUCAGAGAAUCAGAAUUCAUUCAGCUGACGGGGGAGGUGGGUAUCUGAUAAGGAUAGAAUUGUUGUGAGGGGGCAUUGAUUGGAUAUUAAAAAGCGCGCGCGUUCGUGUGUGAAACCGACCGACCACAGGGGAGAAAGCUGCGCGAGAGCGCGCACACGUGUCCUGUCGAGUUUAGCUUAAGAGAAGAGAGGGAGGGAGGGAGGGGGGGAGGGGGGGAGGGGGGGUCGUAUCAAGAACGAACUCGUGAGGGGAGAGGGAGAGGGGGAGAGAGGGGGAGGUAGUUUGGCAAAAAGGGAAAAGAAGUGGCAUUUGCAUAGAGCGAGUAAAAGCGAUGCCGUACGUUCCUCCCCACCUGAGAGGUGGGAACGCGACAAAGCCGAGUGAUUCCCCUCCGGGACCUCCUCCUCCUUCGACUUAUCGCAGCUCCUCGUUUGGUGGCAGCAGCAGUAGCUACGGUGGAGGGGGAAGGGAUUACGGGGGAGGAGGGGGAAGGGAUUACGGGGGGGGAGGGGGGCGAAGUCGCGACUAUGGGGGCAGCUUCGGUGGAGGGUCGUUCUCGCGGUCGGCAUCAUUUAGUCCCGCUGACCGGGGGGUGGGGUAUGGUAUGGGCCCCAGCAGGGGGGGAGGGGCGGCGGGGUAUGGUCGCGAUCGCGAUCAGGGACGGGAGUACAGCCGAGAUAAUGGGUCGAGCACGCGGGAUCGAGAAAGGGACUUGGGAGGAGGAGGAGGAGGGGGAGGAGGGAGCGAAGAAGAUGGCGUAGCAAUGCGUGGGAGAGCAGGUGGAGGUGUAGGAGGAGGAGGAGGGGUUAGGCGCGGGCCUCCGGAGCCGGUGUGGCCGGAGUGGGAGCCAUCUGAGCGAGUGAGAAAGCUGCCAGAGGACCAGAUUGCAGAGGUCAGGCAGAGACUGAAUGUCAGUGUAGAUGUGGCAGAGGGCUCACCCCCUCCUCCUUCACCGAUCGAGUCGUUCGAAGACAUGUGCCUUGCCACGGCGAUCAUGAAAGACAUAGCGUUCCACGAAUACAGAUCCCCGACGCCAAUUCAGGCGCAAGCGAUGCCCGUGGCGCUGUCAGGGCGCGAUUUGCUGGGAUGUGCAGAGACGGGAAGCGGGAAGACGGCGGCAUUCGCGCUGCCUAUGAUUCAGCACUGUCUCGCGCAGAGUCCCAUCGUACGCGGAGACGGUCCCAUCGGUCUGGUUCUGGCCCCAACCCGAGAGCUGGCCCAGCAAAUCCACAAGGAGGUGCGAGCCUUCAGCCGCUCGGCAGAUAACUUCCGCUCUGCUAUUGUGGUUGGAGGCGUGAGUAUGUCGGUGCAGAAGGACGAACUUCGGGCCGGCGUGCAGAUCGUGGUUGCCACGCCAGGUAGACUGAUUGAUCAUCUGGAGCAGUGCCACACAUCGCUCUACAGAGUAUCUUAUGUGGUCCUUGAUGAGGCGGAUCGAAUGCUGGACAUGGGAUUUGAGCCCCAGAUCAGGGCCGUGUUGAAAGGACUGAACAAGAGGCACCAGACCCUGCUGUUCAGCGCGACGAUGCCGGAAGAGAUUGAGGCUCUCGCGCAAGAGUACCUCGACAAGCCUGUCAGAGUGAAAGUCGGAACCGUGAGCUGCCCGACUGCCAACGUGGCGCAGUACCUAGAGAAGGUCCCUGACAAGGACAAGGUCGACAGACUGUUAGAGAUUGUGGUGGAGGAGGCGGCGACAGCUGAGAAGGCUGGGCUGACGCCGCCGCUGACCAUUGUGUUCACAGACAGGAAGACUCGAUGCGAUGACGUGGCGGAAGCGCUGGUGUCUCAGGGGUUGAAGGCGGCAGCACUGCAUGGAGGGAGGUCUCAGGGAGAGAGGGAGGGGGCACUGCGGGACUUCCGCCGGGGAGAGAUCAACGUCUUGGUCGCGACGGACGUGGCGUCACGUGGGCUUGAUGUCUCUGGCGUUGCCCACGUGAUCAACCUUGAUCUUCCCAAAACUUUCGAAGAUUACGUUCACCGCAUUGGUCGAACGGGAAGGGCAGGGAGCAUGGGCCGUGCUACCUCCCUCUACGUGGAGAGGGACAUGUACCUCGUCGCGCAGAUUCGACAUGCCAUUACGCAGAUCGAGGCGGGAAACACGACAGUGUUUGCGACGGGGAAGGCGGCGAGGAGGAGAGAGAGAGAGCAGGCAGCCGCGUUCAGGGAAGGCAGACUGGCAGAUGCACCUGAAGCACCCGCAGUCGGAGGCGCGCCCGUGAAAGUUGAUGAGAAGUAUCAGCACAUGUUGUCUUCAGCGCCAGCCAAAGGAGUGGCUGAUGAAGCAUGGGACGACUAGAGUGGAUGAUGGGUACACACACCACAGUCGCUCUCGGCUACUGGCUUGCUGUCAUUAGGCAGGCAGGCAGGCUGGCAGGGAUUCGUAUGUUGCGAAGCACAGCAGAGGUGAUGGCGAUUUACAGAUUGUCGUUUGUUGCUUUGUGAGAUGGUGGGCGAAAACUUGCGGCUGCCGAUCAUGAAGUAGUUGUCGUUUGUUCUGUACCAGGCUUAACUUUGGAAGAUUAGAGAAUGGAGGAGAGAUGGGGUGUGGCAGUAGAGGGGAGGGUAGAGGUUUUGUUUACCUCACAGAUACAGAAGGGCAUAGGGGACAUAAACAGGGGGAUGAACUCCUUGAAAGAAGGGUGGAAAUGUUGAAUGAGGAAGAGGAAGGGCGGGGGGGGGAGGGGGGAGGGGGAAGGGGAGGGGGACGGAGAAAAGGGGGAUGAGCAUGCCAUGCAAUGCACUGUUGUGAGGCAUGUUUCUGGUCAGCGGUGGAGUGUGUGGUUGGUUAAUAAUGAGUGUCUACCCGAUCUGAACUUUUCGGCAGGGCAGAGGGCAGGGACAGUGAGAGGGGGCCAGAGGGGGGAGGGGAGGGAGGGGAGGGGAGGGAAGGGGAGACCGUCUUUGCUGAAAUCACAACUGUGGGGGCGGAAAACAGAAGUCAGUUUAUUCAACGAGUUUCAUUAGAAACGAUGCAAGGAACGACAGGAGAAAGGGACGGGAUCACAUGAUUGGGAGCCCGACCCAGUUUCCUUGGGAUUGGUUCUAUUUGCUUGCUUGAGUCAUGGUUGAAGGAGCGAAGUGGGUGCUUGGGGGGGGGGAGGAGAGGAAAAUAAGAGACACAGAUGAGGCAGUGAAGUGUUGCGGACUGGCUUUUGUUUGCCAGUUCAUGUUCACUUCGCAUUGCUAGCAUGUGGACCUGACCUGUGUUCUUAAUUACGAUUUGUUAAUCAGGAGGGGGGGGGAGAGGACGAUUUUGAGCCAACAAUGUGUUUGAUUCAUUUUCUUGCGAUUGAACUUGUGUGCGAGAGAGAGAGAGAGAGAGAGAGAGAGAGAGAGAGAGAGAGAGAGGACGGAUGCAGGGGUAGUUUGGGUAGAUGAAUAGACUGAUGAACAGAUGCGUAGAUGAAUAGAUAAAUAACUCAAAUAGGGUGAUAGGGAGAUGGAGACAUCGAUAAGUAGAUAAAUCUGUGUGUGUGUGUGUGUGUGUGGAGAGAGAGUGAGAGAGAGAGAGGAGUGAUAAGUAACGUGUGUGUGUGUGUGUGAGAGAGAGGAGUCGAUAAGUAGACACCGUGUGUGUGUGUGUGUGUGUGUGUGUGUGUGUGUGUGAGAGAGAGAGAGAGAGAGAAGAGUCUGGACUACAAGCCUUGAUGGGCAGAUGAUUUCUCCAAAUGCUAAUCUUUCAGGUGCAGAUGAAUGUUUUGUAGAGCUAAUAACAUGCUGCGGCGAUGUUGAUACCUUAAUGGAAAACUUCUGUUCUUGUUCCUGAUAAAGGUCAGUGGACCAG